GUUGCACACUUGACGGGUCGUCGCCGGGGUCGUCGUCGUUUGUCGCUCCUUUCUCACUUUUGCUGACUGCUGACUGCAGCUGCUUGUUGCUUCUUCCUUAAGCAUCGUCCUCUUACGUUCCUCGGUGGUUAUCCUUCGUCUUGGAGGGUAUUCUGGGACAUUUGGAAUCUAUUUUUGUUGAGUGCAAUUCCAAUACACACACAUAUUUGUUGUUGGUUUGUUCUUUUUUUUUGUUAGUUUGCUAUUGUUGUUGUUGCAAAAUGUUUACGAAUUGGUUAACGGGAAGCAGUGGCACAGCGCCUCGUGCCAUCGGCAUCACUGCGCCACCGUUGGCCGUUGCCGCCGCACCACUGUCCAGUGGAAUUGGCAGCGGAGGUGGAAUUAUGAGCACUCCCCCGGAUGUCAUCCUGGAAGUGGGUCCCGCACCGAGCGCUGUGCGCUUUGUGGCCCACGCUCUGGUGCUGGGCAUGCACAGCGGAUACCUUCGCUCGGCCAUUCGGAUGGAUGAGAGUGCCGCCGCCGCCGCCUCAGGAGUCGCCUCCAACAACAGCAGCGGCACCAGAACACAUGGAGCCACGGGAGAGCUGCUGCUUUAUUUGGGGAACGUGACUGCGGAUCAGUUUGCCCCGCUCCUCACGUACAUGUACACGGGAUAUCUGGACUUGAACGUGGACAACAUCUUUGCCGUGCUGCUGGCCACCCACGUGCUGCACAUGCCCCGUGCUCUGGAGAUCUGUCGAUCCUUUCUGGCCCGGGCCCAAACCGAAGGCUAUCUGAAUGGCAAUGGCAAUCCACCCCCACAGCUGUGUCCGACGGCGCCAGCCAGCGCCAAGAUCAUCCGGCCCAUUCCGAGCAAGGCCACGCUCCCGAAUUUCGGCUUUCUGCCUGUACCCCUGCCACUGGCUCCUCCUCCGCCCCCAGCAACAGCAGCGACGGUGCCUCCGCCUGCUGUUCUGCCCUCCUACUCGAGUGCCGCUUCGUUGCUGCAAGUGGGGCCAGAGUACCCUGGACUAGAUGUGGCUGUGGAUGAGGAGGAGGAUGUGGAGGUAUUCAUCGACAGCAACACAGUCACCGACAACGAAAACGAGGACAUGGAGGCCGAAGAUUGCAAUGUUUCUGUCGUCAGUUCAUUGGCUAGCAGCAGUGCGGGCAGCCUCAACAUCGAGCUCCUGGAAACAAAGCCAACCACACCCACACCCACGCCCAACCCAACUCCCACUCCCAAGCCGCAAGCACCAGCCAGGACCAAGAAAGAGCCCCCAGCAGCAGCAGCAGCUGCCAUGCCAAGGGGAUCCCGCUCUUCGGCGGGGGGCACACGCUCCGGAAAGGCAGGGAGGAGAUCAAAUGCGAGCGGACUUCAGGUUGCCAAGGCCCCGGUGCCGGCCGCCCAACUGGAGACGGCCACGGCGGCGAUGCCCUCUAAGUUUAUAAUCGACGUUGCCAGCUGCGACGGACCCGUGCGCUUCCGUCGCAUCCUGAACACCGCCUACGGCCACAAGCCCGAGGGCUUGGACUCCGGCACGGAGCAGUGCGAACAGCAGCGGACGCAGCAGAGCGUCAGCUAUUCGUUUCACCAGCAGAUGGCUAGAGCCAUUAGCAGCCAGCAGCGGCAGCAGUUCCACCAGCAGCAGCAGCAGCAGCAACAUCCUCAGGAGGAGAGCGAGAACAGUGGCGAUGCCACAGGAGCAGCACCAGCCAAUAGUCGAAAGCAGGCGAGUGCAGGAGCCUCCUCCUCUGCAGCGACUGCCAGCAGCAGCAGCAGCAUUGGCAUCGGAGGACCUGCAGCCGCCAGCCAGGAGCUGUAUGUGUGCGUAUACUGCAAGCACACGUUCAAGUCGCAAUACUGCUACCAGAAGCAUGCCAAGCGGCAUCUCAAUCCUCUGAGCCUGGCCAGUGCCGAGAAGAAGCUGGUGGCCAGCGCCGAUCAUGGACUAGUGGCCAUGGAGUCCAGCAACACUGGGCAGGACAACAGUCAGCCGCAGGAAGCCACAUCAACAGCAGCAGCAGCAACGGCAACAGCAGCAGCAGCAGGAGGCUCAGCAUCAACAGCUGCCACAUCCAUGGCCACAACAAGCGCUUUGAUGCGUCGCGAGGUACGUCCCUUGGACAUGAAUGUGCAGUACUAUCCCUGCAAGACAUGUGGUAGCAAGUUCCCCAGCUACUACUUUGUCCACAAGCAUCGCAAGAUGUGCCAUGCCGAUGAGAUUGAAGCGGCGGCGGCAGCCACCAGCAACACGAGCACCUCUUCAAGUGGAGCCACCCCUGGAGGAGGAGGAGGUACUGGCGAUUCUACUAAAAGAGAGACGACGGUUGAACCAUCAGAGGAUCAACAGCAGCAGCCACAGCCGUAAGGCAUUAUACGAAUCUGUUUGUGGCACUAUCCAAAAAAAAUCAAAAGCAACGAAAUCUACGAAUUUACGAUUACACUUACAUUAACAAAACACAAAACUGUACACACACACACAUGCACCAUAACACACAGUCGCUGAAUGUUUUUUUUUUGUGUCGCUCUAGAAUUUCAAUUCAAUAAAUGCAAAAAAUAUGUAAAAUUAAUAUUCAUCCCAACCAGAGGAAAGGAAGAGAACCAAAUUGCAGAUAUGCGGUAAUAAUCGUUAAUCAUUAAUCACAUAAAACAAUCGGUAUACCUAAGAGUCAUAAGAGUCAGAGGAGUGCAAAAAAGCUGUCCAAAAUCCAAAAUUGGAAACAAUCAGUGAGAGUAAUCAGUAUAACUGAACGUUACAUAUAACAAAUUAAUCAAAAUCGAAUUUUAUCGAGUAUUAUAUUUAUCGACAUCGAUUAUAAUUUGUAAUCAUAAUGAUUACAGAGACAUCGCUAUAAAGGAAGGGUCGCAGGAUUUAAUAUAAAUAAUUCAUAUUGAAUUUUCACAUUAUGAUACAAAAUCUACUUUUUGUGGAUAAGUAUAGAGCAGGACUUCGAUAAAUAUGUAUGUACACAUGUCUAUUGUAAAU